CCGCUCUCGUAACCAUGGACAACCACGGCGCCAUGCUGGAGAACGGCGAUUGCGGCGCGGCACGGCAGACGAGCGACAUCACCUUCAGCACCGACAUCAACCCGCCGUCCGGCCUGAAGACGAAGAAGCUGCUGUGGCAGAACGCCGUCAGGAACAUCAUCGACCAGCGUAACCUGUACUCCCUGCGGCUGGCGGGGGGGCUGGAGAGGGGACGGCACCGCAUCACCGUCACUGACGCAUACAUCGCUGACAUCAACAGUCAGAUUCGUAACAAAGCGUCUCGCGGUGCGCUCUGGCAGAAGCGGCGCUCGUCUGCGGUUCGUAUCCAUCCGCUGACGCCGAAGAUCACCGCGGCAACGAAGGCCAAACGCGACGCGCUCAGUGACGCCGAUUUCUUCGUGUCGUGGGGAUCGACGGUCGGAGGCGUCUUCAUCCCGGCUUUGCAGCACACGUUCAAGUCUCCGGACUUGGAGCAGCUGUAUCAGGAGUUCUCUUCGGGUCAGAGGAGAACCUCGCUGGUUGUCACGAACCUGAUCGACAUCCUGACCCGCCUGCUGGUGUGGCUGCUGACGUGGCCGCUGGGCUGGGGAGGCGCGGUCUCUGAUUGGCUGGUCGGCCUGUCCGUCCUCCUGUGGACGGGGAUCUGCGUGCUGGCGCUGACCAGAAAGGAAGUGAUGUCAUCGCCGCAGUGGCUGAGGUACCUGUCAGUGGUGAGCUGGCUGUCCCAGACGGUGCAGGUGUUGGUGGGAGUGUUGAGCCGAGGCGAGAACGAUCACUCCUGGUACGUCUUCUUCACGCUGUUCUCCACCUACACCCUGCUGUCCCUCCCCCUGCUGUGGUCCAUCGUCGCCGGGGCAACCACAUCCACGCUGCACCUGCUGGUGUACUUCUACUGUCACUAUGGCGACCAAACCUUCAUCAGAAAGGUGUUGGCGAAGGCCUUGCUGUACCUCAGCAUGAACACUGCAGGUCUGUUCAUUCAUUACCUGUCAGACCGAACUCAGAGACAAUCCUUCCUGGAGACCCGGCGCUGCAUCGAGGGAAGAGUCCGUCUGGAGAGAGAGAACCAAAGACAGGAACGUCUGGUGAUGUCCAUCCUGCCUCGGUUCUUGGUUCUGGAGAUGAUCGCUGACAUGGCGACUGUAGACGACUACCUGCUGCCUCAGCAGUUCCACAAGAUCUACAUCCACCACUACAAAGACGUCAGCAUCUUGUUUGCGGACAUCAUCGGCUUCACCUCGCUGUCUCUGAUUCUGUCGGCUCAGGAACUCGUCAGGACUCUUAACGAGCUCUUCGGUCGCUUUGAUAGGCUGGCUGAGGAGCAUCAGUGUAUGCGUAUUAAGAUGCUGGGUGAUUGUUACUACUGUGUGUCGGGAGUCCCGGAGCCUCAGAGGGGCCACGCUCGCUGCUGUGUGGACAUGGGCCUCAGUAUGAUCAACACUAUACGGUACGUUCGUCGGGAGCUGCAGCAGGAGGUCGACAUGCGGAUCGGCGUCCACUCCGGUUCGGUUCUCUGUGGCGUUCUGGGUUUGCAGAAGUGGCAGUUUGACAUCUGGAGCUGGGACGUCGACAUCGCCAACAGUCUGGAGGCUACGGGAGUGCCGGGUCGGAUCCACAUCUCGGGGACGACCCUCGACUGCCUGGAUGGGAUCUACGAGACGGAGGCGGGGCUCGGCCGGGAGCGCAGCGCAUUGCUACGGAAACACAACAUCGACACGUUCCUGAUCUGCUCGGCGCAUCAGGAGGAGGUGAAGCCGCAGAGAGCGCGGCGCCAGAGUCAUGACGACAUCACGACAUGGAGCGCCGAGCUGCCGUUCGAAGACAUUCUGGGGACGAAUUUCAUCCUCGCCACUUUCACCAACGGCUCGAUGGCCCACCUGCCCAAUAGCGUCGCGGCGCAGCAGUCGGGGUUACGAGAGGUCAACAAGAGGAUUCGUGAGUCCAUGAAGGUCCGGAGCAGCGAGCGAAUGAGGAAAGAGCAUAUCACCACCUUUACUCAGGUGUUCAAAGACACCCACACGGAGGGAAAGUUCUCACAGAUGAGAGACGAACUCUUCAAAUCCAACAUGGUUUGUUCCUUCAUCCUGCUGCUGCUGCUGAUGGCCGUCCAAGUGCUGAUCCCCGCCCCACGCUGGUGUCCGAUGGUUGUCCAGUUCGUGGUCAGCGGCGGUCUUUACUUCCUGCUCCUGCUGCUGACUCUGGGGGAGGAGUUUAAGCAUUGCCCCGCCCCCCUGCAGUCCCUCUGCUGCUGGAUCCACGAAACCAAGGACGCCCGCACUCUGCUCACGCUCAGCGCCAUCGCCAUCAACUUCGGGGUCGCCUCCUUGGACAUCCUGUGGUGUAACUCAUCAGAAACUCACAUCAACAGCAGUGACUCGAUGCUGGCUCCGCCCCCCUCCGCCUGGCCCGACAUCAACAUCUGCACGCACCCAGAGUACGUAGUGCUGAGUGGCGUGGUUGCCAUGGUUACCUGCGCAGUGUUCCUCAGGCUGAGCUGCGUGUUGAAGCUCGCCGUCCUGCUGCUAGCCGCCGCUUUCUACGCCUACCUGAUCGAGACCCACAGGUCUCAUAACUUGUGCAGGAAAGGAGUUUGUGUCGUUCUCAUGGUGAUGUUUGUGGCGGUCGUCCUUUACAACAGCCGACAGCUGGAGGCGACGGCGCGGCUGGACUUCCUGUGGCGUCUGCAGGCGAGGAAGGAAGUGGACGACAUGAAGGAGCUGCGAGAACACAACGAGUGUCUGCUGCUCAACAUCCUGCCGGCUCACGUAGCGCAGCACUUCCUGAGGAGAGACCGCGAUGACGAGGAGUUGUACUCGCAGUCGUACGAGCGGGUCGGCGUUCUCUUCGCGUCUCUGCCGGGAUUCUCCGACUUCUACACGAGGAAAGAGCUCGUUCAUCAACACGUCGAGUGUCUCCGCCUCCUCAACCACAUCAUCACCGACUUCGAUGAGCUGCUGGAGGAAUGUUACUUUGAUGAAGUCGAGAAGAUUAAAACCAUCGGCAGCUCGUACAUGGCAGCUUCAGGCCUGUCUCCUGAUAAACAGAAGUGUGAGGACGGCUGGCAUCACCUCAGUGAGUUGGUCCUCUUCGCUCUCGCUAUGCAGGAAACACUGAGACACAUGAACAUACACACAGGAAACAACUUCCAGCUGAGAGUCGGAAUCGCUCACGGUCCCGUCAUCGCCGGAGUGAUCGGAGCCACGAAGCCUCAGUACGACAUCUGGGGGACGACGGUGAACAUGGCGAGCAGGAUGGAGAGUACCGGAGUCAGCGGGAGGAUACAGGUUCCAGACUCCACCAGCUGUAUUCUGGUGGAUCGAGGUUUUCUACGGCAGCUCAGAGGAAGCAUUCACGUUAAAGGCGUCAGCGAGCGUCACGGCAAGGUGAGACACACACACACACACACAUUCACACGCACACACAGACACACACACAAACACACACAUACACACGCACACACAGACACACACACAGAGACACACACACACACACACAUAGCGUACAAGUCGUGUUUUUGA